GCGGGCUGGAGCGGUCAAAGCGCCUUCCGGGCCUGGGAAACUGAGCUCUUUCUUUCUGUUUCGCUUUUUCAAAGUGCUCCGAGCUAGGGUUAGAGAGGCCACCGGUUCCAAAGCAACGUUUUCUUACAGCUCCGACUCGUCUUGGUGCCCAGCUACUCCGGCCCUUGCCCUUUAACCUCGCUAUCGCGGCGGGGUGAGAGGUCGGGUGGCCAUCUUGUGGCGGAGACGCGGGAGGCUGUUACUGCAGAGACCCAUCCCCUCCCCCUCCUUGCACCCCUGGCGAUCUGUCAGUUGGUAAAGAGUCCGGCAGUCUGUCAGGUGAGGCCUGGGACUUGUGCGGUCUCUUUUCGCAUUACACUGGGCGGCCUAGGCCGCUCCUUGCCGGGCCUCUCCGCCGCCACUAUGUCCUCCUUCUCCGAGUCGGCGCUGGAGAAAAAGCUCUCGGAGCUGAGCAACUCUCAGCAGAGCGUGCAGACUCUAUCCCUGUGGCUCAUCCAUCAUCGCAAGCACGCAGGACCGAUCGUCUCUGUGUGGCACCGCGAGCUACGCAAAGCCAAAUCAAAUAGAAAGCUUACUUUUCUGUACUUAGCAAAUGAUGUGAUCCAAAACAGUAAAAGGAAAGGACCUGAAUUCACUAGAGAAUUUGAAUCUGUUCUUGUGGAUGCCUUUUCUCAUGUUGCCAGAGAGGCAGAUGAAGGCUGUAAAAAACCUUUAGAAAGAUUGCUGAACAUCUGGCAAGAAAGAAGUGUGUAUGGCGGCGAGUUCAUACAGCAGCUGAAGCUGUCUAUGGAGGACUCCAAGAGCCCUCCCCCCAAAGCGACAGAGGAGAAGAAAUCUCUGAAGCGAACUUUUCAGCAAAUACAAGAGGAGGAGGAUGAUGACUAUCCUGGAAGCUACUCUCCUCAAGAUCCUUCUGCAGGACCCCUCUUGACUGAAGAACUAAUCAAAGCUUUGCAGGAUCUCGAAAAUGCUGCAUCAGGGGAUGCAACUGUUCGACAGAAAAUUGCUUCUCUUCCCCAAGAAGUGCAGGAUGUCUCUCUAUUGGAAAAAAUAACAGACAAAGAGGCAGCUGAACGUCUUUCAAAAACAGUAGAUGAAGCAUGUCUGUUACUAGCGGAAUAUAACGGGCGCCUGGCAGCAGAACUGGAAGACCGGCGCCAGCUGGCUCGGAUGUUGGUGGAGUACACCCAGAAUCAGAAAGAUGUUUUGUCAGAAAAAGAGAAAAAGCUAGAAGAAUAUAAACAGAAGCUUGCACGAGUAACCCAGGUCCGCAAGGAACUGAAGUCCCAUAUUCAGAGCUUACCAGACCUCUCACUGCUGCCCAACGUCACAGGGGGAUUGGCCCCUCUGCCCUCUGCUGGUGACCUCUUUUCAACUGAUUAGAAUGGGUAUCAUGCCCCAGUUUCCCAUCUGUGCCAGAAUGAAGAGGGCAAGUCAUGGUUGCAGAUGACCCUCUGGGCCUGGUUUUCUCUCUUCUACAUGGCCUGUCCACCUCCAGAAAGAACUACUCAGACUCUGAUAUCCGAUUCUCCUCUCCAGCCUUUCAUCUCGAGCACAGUUCAGAACAGUGGCCAAUGGAAUCCAGUUUAGAUUCAUACUUGCAAAAACACAGACGUUUUCCUACUUCAUGCCCCUGUUGGUUUUCCAUUCUUAGCUUUCUAUUAUACCCAAGAAGUUAUGAAAAUCAUGGUACUUCUGGAAGCUUUCAAGAGAAUCUUGUCCCUGUGACAGCAUGUAUCAUGGAAAUAGCACCUCCUUUCUGAGCUGGACUUGUCUGAGUUAGGCUCCCACUGAGGGGAUUGCUCUGCAGACAUAGGCUUUCAAGUCUACCACCUGCGCAAAAGUUUGGUGGCACAGCCUUUGGACAGCUUUGCCAUAAAAAGUUUGCCAAAUUGCUGGCCCUUCCAUAUCUUACUUCUAGCAAUGUAUAGUCAAGGUUAAGUGUGGUUAUUUUGAGCAAACUAAAGAAUCCAGCAGAGAGAUUCAAAGCUGACCUGGGACGUAAAGUCACAGUUCAGAGGUAAGAGUAACUGUGAUGACAAGCAGAUAUAACUUGCUUGGUUCCUAUACACAGCCUUCCUCAGACUACAUUUCUUAAGGGCCCUAUCCAUUAUCAUAGAGCAAGUUUCUAAAAACAGGACCCUUUGGCCCCUAGUAGUAGUUAGGGACAGCGCUGGUAUCUCCAAAAGAUGAAGGCUUCACACAGAGGUGUGCUGAGUCUGGGCCCUGCAUGGCUGUGGCUGUGACCCGUCCUUUAGGGAGUAGAACACACUAUCAGUCACUGUGACUGAGCUUGGAUAUCUCCUGCAGAUAGGACACUAAACAAGUCCAUCCGUCAGUAAGUUCAUGCCGUUGCAUAUGUUCCUACUUGAGGAAGAGUAUUUACAUCAGAUGUUAUUGAAACAGCUCAUAUCUGGCAGGGGACAAGGAAGGUGGGGGAUAUUAAUUUGGGGUUUUAAUUCCAUUAUCAUGCCAUCUGACAUUAUGACUAAAUAAUGUAGUUAGAUUUUAUCUUGCGUAUAAUAAAGGGUAAGCCUGCUAACUAUAAAUCAUUCUAAUUUGGCAGGCUAAUUUCUGACAUUGGGAAGGGCACAAAACAAUUUGUCCCAAUAGUGUAAUAGGAAUUAUAUCCCCAAGGCUGAAAUCUGGAAGCUAUAAAAAGGAAUUCAUUGGAAGGGGCUUGAAAAUCUAUUGUUUUGAGUUGCUCUUUUCAGGAUCACCAAAAAUUACGUGUUAUUUUACAUGUUAAAACAUAACUUGUGUUUUAUGAAGUAUGACAGGCCUCUCUUCCAGAAGCUCUUGCCUGCUGUGAUGUGAGAACAUGGGAGAGUUGUAACAGGUACUUGGUUGAACUCUGUAGAACCUAGUAGUGUGGAAGCUGCUUUUUGGAUUUGCAUCUGUGUGCUCUUUGCUUAUUGACACUGCCUGUUCUGUCACUGUUAAAUUAAUGACCCUAUAAAGUUUUCCUCCCAAAGGCAGUAGGUGACUUCACUGAAAUUGCAAGAUAAAUUUUAGUCUUUGCUGUUUGUGCACGGCCCCCCCCAUAUGAUGUGCUGCUUUAAUCUCCCAUACAUGACCUUAUUUCCGAACAGACCCAACUGGGACACUUCUUUCACCAAGGAGGCAAAAUUUUACCAGCCAAAAGACUAAUCAAUAAUUGCUCAGUUCAGCUAGGUGAAACUAUUACAACAGAAUGGAUUUAAGUACACUGCUAUCCAUCCGUGUCUUUGACCAGCAACUGGUGCAUAAUUAUUCCAGCAAGAGUAAGAAAUGAACCUGUAGCAAUUAUGUAAAUGAAUGUGUUGGCCUCUUAACACCUGUUACUAGUGGACUUCCUGUGAGGAAGUUAGUUUUGUUUUGUUUUAAUGAAAUGUUUUUGUUUAAAUCUUAAUUCGCCUUCCCUCCACUCUCUUUAAAGCAAACUUACUUCAUUUAUUUAAUUUAAAAGAUCCUUUCUCCUUGUCUGUGAGAGCUGAUGGAUCUGGCAGGGUGGGGUGGGUGGCUUUUGGCUUUGUGUUGUUUCUUCUUAGGGCAUCCAUAGGCCUCAAAGGACCUAUUCGUUAGGUCAUGUUCCUCAGAAAGUCUUCACUCUUCCUUUAUUUUUGUUUUGUUUUUCUUAAAAAAUAUUUUUAAAGCUUAAAUUUGUAUAUUAAUUUAGGACUUUAUUUAGAA